GUCCGUGGCUUUGGCAGUGUCCGCUUUUCUUCCAACAAGUGUGUCUUGUCCUCCUUCCCUCUCUCUCAAUAGAUUGUGAACUACAAACGCCUUCAAGAUGUCUGAGAAAAAGAUGACAUCCAGCCGUCGGCAUCAUCUAAAGAGCCUGGUUCUGCAGGUUGCUCAGACUUGGCUGGAGAAGGAAAAGAAGGAGAGAGCCGAGGCCAAAGAGGCCUACAUGGCUGAGAACUGUCCAGCACCAGACACUAGUGGAGAUCAGGCUACGCUCAUGGAGCUCUGCAAGAAGAUCCAUGCUGCCCUAGACAAGAUAGAUGAGGAAAGGUACGACAUUGAGGCCAAAGUCCAAAAGGCAGACAAAGAGAUUGAAGAACUAAAAAUCAAAGUGGUGGAUCUGGUUGGAGUGAAGAAGCCCGCCCUGAAGAAGGUGCGUAUGUCCGCUGACGCCAUGCUGAAGGCUCUGCUGGGCUCCAAACACACUGUCAACAUGGACCUGAGGGCCAACCUGAAGCAGGUCAAGAAGGAGGUCAAAGAGGAGCCAGGAGAAGCAGUGGGUGACUGGCGUAAGAAUAUUGAGGACAAGGCCGACAGGAAGAAGAUGUUUGAGUCCUCCUAAUUGUUUGCUGAUGCUUGUCUUUCUGUUUACAUGAACUCCACGUGUCUUAUGUGCCAGUCGAAGCCGGCGACUAAUGUUCAUCUCACAGCUGAGGGUUAGCGUGACUCGGGGGAGUCUUUCUGCAAGACAUGUAAUGUGUCAGUGACUGAGAGGGAGAUUUUGCACUUUUGUUGUAGUCUGGAGGGAAGGAGGGGAGGAGAGUGGAGGUUCAGGUUCACCACAAAAACGUUGCGUCUUUGUUCCAUACACAACAGUAAAACACACAAAAUCAAACACUUCAUAUAAUAAAAUCAAAUGCUGAAGAAGA